AUGGCGAAGAAGGCGGAUGAGCAGACUACCAUUAGCAAUAGCAGCAGCGCCGUUAUUGAUCCAAAGAGCGGGUUUUGCUCAACCACCAAGACUUUCCACAGCCUCAGGCCCAAUGCCCCUCUCCCUCCCCAAACCACACCCCUCUCCGUCACCCACUACAUUCUCUCCCAUCUCCAACACUCUCCUCCCCCGCAUUCCACUCCCGCCCUCCUCGACGCCGCCGCCGGCCUCCGAGUUCUCUAUCCCGAGUUCACUCGCCGAGUCCAAUCCCUAGCCUUCUCUCUCCAUUCCCAACUCGGCCUCUCCCAUGGCGAUUGCGCCUUCAUUCUCUCCCCCAACUCUCUCCACGUCCCUGUCCUCUACCUCUCUCUCUUCUCCCUCGGCGUCAUCGUCUCUCCUUCCAACCCCGCCAGCUCCAUUCCCGACCUUUCCAGCCAAAUCCGCAUCUGCAAACCCGCCGUCGCCUUCGCUACCUCCGCCACCGCUCAUAAAAUCCCCAAUUCGCUCCGUCUCGGGACUGUUCUCCUUGACUCGGCCGAGUUCGAGUCCAUGAUGACGUCUCCCGCCGCCGCCGAGCCGCGCCUAGUUCAAGUGAGCCAAUCGGACACCGCGACGAUUCUCUACUCGUCGGGAACGACCGGGAGGGUCAAGGGAGUGGCUUUGACUCACCGGAAUUGGAUAUCAACGUUGGCCGGCGUCUACGCUGUUCGAAGAGCCGCCGCGGCUUCUCCACAAGCCGCUGUGGCUCUCUGUACGGUGCCGUUUUUCCACGUGUACGGGAUCGCGUUCUGCCUGAGGGUUUUGGCUGUGGGGGACACGCUGGCGUCGAUAUCGGGGAGGUUUGAUUUGGAGGCGAUGAUGAGAGCCAUCGAGCUGUUCAGAAUCACCCACGUCGCCUGGGCCCCGCCGGUGGCUGUUGCCGUGGUAAAGAGCGGGGAUGGGAAUGAGACGGGCGGCUACGAUUUGAGCUCGCUGCAAGUGAUCGCCUGCGGCGGUGCUCCGCUUGCGAAGAGUGUCAUCGACAAGUUGAAGAAGCGGCUCCCGAACGUUCAACUGGCACAGGGAUAUGGAUUAACGGAGACAACGGCCCGAGUGUUUGGGGCAGUGGGCCCAGAAGAAACGCGAGUAGAGGGAGCUAACGGAAAGCUGAUGCCCAAUAUUGAGGCCAAGAUUGUUGAGGCUGAUUCUGAGACUGGCAUUGGGUUGCCUCCUCUGAUGCAAGGGGAGAUUUGGGUUAGAGGACCAUGCAUUAUGAAAGGUUACGUUGGUGAUGAAGAAGCCACUGCCGCAGCUUUGGACUCGGAAGGAUGGUUAAAAACUGGAGACCUUUGUUAUAUUGAUAACGAUGGUUAUCUAUUUUUUGUUGAUAGGAUAAAGGAAUUGAUCAAGUACAAAGGCUACCAGGUUGCCCCGGCAGAGUUGGAGCAUCUGCUUCAAUCCCAUCCAGAUAUUGUUGAUGCAGCUGUGAUUCCGUACCCUGAUGAAGAAGCAGGUCAAGUACCCAUGGCCUUUGUGGUGAGGAGCUCUGGAAGUUUUGUUGACGAAUCGCAGGUCAAGGAUUUUAUUGCCAAACAGGUUGCACCUUAUAAGAAAAUACGAGGAGUAGCAUUCAUCAAUUCAAUACCAAAGAGUGCACAGGGUAAAGUGAUGAGGAAGGAAUUAAUCAAACUUGCAUUAUCCAAGCUGUAA